AGCCCCUUAAACCAGCCCCCAGUGAAGCCUUCAGGGACGCUGUCCCACCAUUGAUUUUUCAUGGAAGGUGCCCAGGAAGGUCGGUGAUGGGCUGUGGGGCCACUGACCCCCAGAGCAGCUGCUGGAGCAGGGAGCUGAGGUGGAUCCAUCGGGAAAGGGCUGUUGCUUCCCGGUUCUGUGCCUGCCGGAGCCUGGCUGGAAAAUCAAGCGGAAGCCAUCAAGGUAGAGGAGAGGAAGCGAGGAAGAAGAAGAAGAAGCAGAAGAAAAAGAAGAAGGGCUGAAGGGCUGGGGCGAAGCAGCCAUUAGGAAAGUGCUGAUGCAGAGGUUCCCUCGUGUCUACGGGCAGAGUUGGAGGAGUUGCUGUUCGCGGACAAAGGCAGCAGGAGGGAGUGGAGCUUUGUAGAAGCCGGAGCCUGUCUCACUGGGUGUCUGUGUUUCAUUCCCUGUCAAAAGCCUGGGAGCUGGGGGGGAAAAAGCAGGGAAGCGGCGAGCUGCAGCGCUCGCUCAGGAUCAGAUAGCAAGGAAACCAAUAGCGGCGAGAAAAAAAAAAAAAAAAAAGAAAAAAAAAGAAAACCAACCCACAUCAACCAACCAACCCACCCACCCUCCACGCUGAGGCUGGAACAGGCAGGUCCCUGCCAACUCCACAGCACGCAGCAAGCAGGGAAGAAGGGAAGAAGUCCACCCUCCCCGGGCAGGAGCGGAGUUGAGCCCGAAGGAUAUUUGAUGACACUUUGGCAACGAUGGGUCCCCCAGCAUCUUCCACAGCCCAUUUGAGGGUGAAGGCUCCGAAAGCGCAGAGGGAGUUUGAAGCUAAAUUCACCUGAGUCUGGAUCUUUUGGUCGCUGGGAUUUAUCUAUUUUUCUUUUUUUCUCCACGGGGAAACCAAACCAAGAAAAAAAACCGUGUUUGCUUCCUUUUUUUUUUUAAUCUCCCUCCUUUUUUUUUUUUUUUAUAAUUGUUUUUUUAUUUUCUUUUGGAAGAAUAUUUUUUUUUCCCCCUGUGGUUGGAAUGGAGGGGUUGGGUCUGUGCCUGAGAAGCAGCAGCCGAACGUCGGUCCUGGGAGAAACCCGAGUGGAUGUGGGGUGCCCUGCCAGCUAACUGUCCAGGAGCUGCAGCCCCACGGCCGGAGGGGCUGGAUGCAGUGAGAGAGCCUCUCACAGGAUCCACGUGGUGACGUGGCAGCCAAGACGUGGAAGUUUGGGACUUCUCUUCCACCGCAGGAGAAUUUGGGGGGUGGGCAGGGGUGGGUCAGGGGGACACUGGGAGUCGCAAGACUCUUCACCUUCACUGUGGGCUUGGCUCAGGGAUGACAACGGGCAGAGUCAACCCUUACAGCAUCGUGUCCUCCGAGGAAGACGGGCUGAGGUUGACCACCAUGCCUGGUAUCAACGGCUUUGGCAAUGGGAAAAUCCACACCAGGAGGAAAUGCAGGAACAGGUUUGUAAAGAAGAAUGGUCAGUGCAACGUGGAGUUCACCAACAUGGAUGACAAGCCACAGAGGUACAUUGCAGACAUGUUCACCACGUGCGUUGACAUCCGCUGGAGGUAUAUGCUCUUGCUAUUUUCCCUGGCAUUUCUGGUGUCCUGGUUAUUGUUUGGGCUGAUUUUCUGGCUAAUUGCACUCAUCCAUGGAGACCUAGAAAACCCGGGUGGAGAUGAUACUUUCAAGCCUUGCGUUCUGCAGGUCAAUGGCUUUGUGGCUGCUUUUCUGUUCUCCAUCGAGACCCAAACAACGAUUGGGUACGGCUUCCGCUGCGUGACCGAGGAGUGUCCGCUUGCCGUCUUCAUGGUGGUGGUUCAGUCCAUUGUGGGCUGCAUAAUCGACUCUUUCAUGAUUGGUGCAAUAAUGGCAAAAAUGGCCAGGCCCAAAAAACGGGCCCAGACAUUACUUUUCAGCCAUAACGCAGUAGUGGCAAUGAGAGAUGGAAAACUCUGCCUGAUGUGGAGGGUUGGGAACCUACGGAAAAGCCACAUAGUAGAAGCCCACGUACGAGCUCAGCUAAUUAAGCCCAGGAUCACAGAGGAAGGGGAGUACAUCCCGCUUGACCAAAUAGACAUUGACGUGGGGUUUGAUAAAGGCUUGGACCGUAUUUUCUUGGUGUCUCCCAUCACCAUUCUCCACGAGAUCAACGAAGACAGCCCCUUGUUUGGGAUCAGCCGCCAGGACUUGGAGACAGAUGACUUUGAGAUCGUCGUCAUCCUGGAGGGCAUGGUAGAGGCCACAGCCAUGACGACGCAAGCUCGGAGCUCCUACCUGGCCAGUGAGAUACUGUGGGGCCACCGCUUCGAGCCUGUCCUGUUUGAGGAGAAAAACCAGUACAAAGUAGACUAUUCCCACUUCCACAAAACCUACGAGGUCCCGUCCACGCCCCGUUGCAGCGCCAAGGACUUGGUGGAGAACAAAUUCCUGCUGCCCAGCACCAACUCCUUCUGCUACGAGAACGAGCUGGCCUUCAUGAGCCGCGACGAGGAAGAGGAAGAUGAUGACAGUCGGGGUCUGGAGGACCUCAGCCCGGACAACAGGCACGAGUUCGACAGGCUUCAAGCCACAAUAGCGUUGGAUCAGCGGUCGUACAGGAGGGAGUCAGAAAUAUGACGCUUGGUCC